CUGAAUACGAAUAUCCCUAGUUAUCAAUGACAUUUAAACCGAAAAACAUUCUGUUAUGCUGUGUAUAUAUGUUGCACGAUCGAAAAGACCGAUGUUGCGUUGAAGCAUGAAUUUUAUACAAUUAAAACGAACAUUUACAAGAUGUUUCACUCAAUACGCUAAGUUUUGUGUUAUAGUUGCAGAUAUAAAUAAAUCACACAUGUAUAUAUAAACCUUUCCAGAGAUAGUAAAAAAUAAGAGACAUGUUUCGAGACACACCUAAGAUUGUUAUAGAAGAUGGAUCUGCUCCAUCUGCUCCCUAUGUUAUAUACAUUAGAAUGGAGGAUUUACUAGAAAAGUUGAAGUUGUUAAAUUAUGAUACAGAAUUUUUACCAGAAUUUAAAAUAAAAGCUAUACAUAGGGCUUAUUUUGUAAUGCAAACAAAUCCAGGAGAACAAUUUUAUACUUUUACAUCGUUGGCUGCAUGGUUGGUCAGAAAAAUUGGCAAAAAUUUCGAGCCUCCACAAGAAUCAGAUGAUCCUAAUUCUACAAUAGCUAUAAUAUUGGAUCAUUUGAGGGACAUUAAUGUACCUGUAGAAUUUCCACCUAAUAAACUUAAGCAAGGCAGUGGAGAGCAUGCUAUUUAUGUUUUGGAUAACUUAGCCGAUGAGGCACUGAAGAUACAAAAAUUUCAGUGGAAAAAAGUAGAAAUACCACCUGAUGAACCAAGUAAUGAACCUGAUAUAGAGGAUGAUGAUGCAGAAUUAAUUUUAGAAAAAGUGGAAGAAGAAAUGAUGGCCGAAUACGACGACGAGGACGAAGAUAUUUUACACGUGGAUGAUAUUACAAAACUUUAUGGACAAAAUUUUAUUGAAACACAAAAACCUGAUGAUAUUUUGGAGUCCAGAACAAACAGAGAAGAAUGGCAGUUGGAACUGGAAAGAGUGUUACCUCAACUAAAAGUAACUAUUAAAACAGAUUCAAGAGACUGGAGAUCACACAUAGAUCAAAUGAAGCAAUUCCGGACAAAUAUAACGACAAAUCUAACUGGAACCAAAAGUCAAUUAGACAAAUUACACAUUGAUAUAUCGAACACUUUAGAUAAACUAAAAACAAGAGAAUCGUAUUUAAAUAGACAACUUGAACCUAUCUUGAAAGAGUACCAAACGCUCCAAGAUGAACAUUCGAAAAUUAAAGAACAAUAUCGAGACGUUAGCGGUGGUGUUACGGAAAGAACAAGAAUUUUUAAUAAACUGUCAGAGGAAUUGGAGCAUAUAAAAAAAGAAAUGGACGAAAGAGGUUCAAGCAUGACGGACGGAACUCCACUCAUAAAUAUAAAAAAGACGAUUACCAAAAUGAAAAAUGAAAUCUCUGAAAUGAACGUUCGAAUCGGUGUAUUAGAAUACAGUUUAAUGUGUGCGAGGAUACGAGAUCGUACGCAGUUACAAGAAGAUAUGAAUAACACAAACAGCAUCGCGAUAACUUGAGAAUUUUAUUAUCGUCCCUGCCGUAGAAUCAAACGAUUGAUAUCAUCAAACACGAAAUUUAUCUCUAUUGAGACGUAUCAUCAGUAUUUCUUUUUUACUACCUGCACGUACGUUUUAUGCACUGUUUGUAUGUACUAUAAUUAUCGAUCAUUGUUAACAAGGGUCCAAUGUAACAUUUGUCUCUUGCAUCGUCAUUACAAUGUUUGUAUGCACGGGUGCAAGUUUUACUUGCAAAAACUGAUCAUUCGGUCGUAUAUUUUUCACAAUGGAAUUGUGAUAAAUAAA